GUAAGAUCUUAAAGAAGAAGACCUGUAAUUUCACCUGUAGGUACAGCUAAGAACAUCACAAUGAACAAAUAUCUGUGGAGCUGUGCAGCAAUAUUGACUCUGUUUGUUACAGUUGAGUCCCUCACCUGUAACACCUGUGAUCUGUCUGUUCUCGGCUCCUGCUUCUUCGAUUCUCCAGUAAGUUGCAACAAAAAUCAGACCAGAUGCUACAUCGCAGUUGCCAAUAUUCAAGGCCUGUUGAAUGUCCACGCACGAGGCUGCACGGUAGAAUCCGACUGCAAAAACCAGACGGGACUGUCCAUCCUGACUUAUAAGUACAACAUCACCAGGAGCUGCUGCAGCACCAACCUGUGUAAUGGAGCCGCCUCCAUCCAGCUGCCUCUGACUGCGGCUCUGGGUGCUGCGCUGGUGGCACUUUGGAGCCAAUGGGGCCUUUAAAGAAGGAAGAGGAGGAAGAGAAUGGCUUGCUCUUAUUUCCAUUAUUUCCAUCUUUGAGUUGAG